UACGCUAUACGUCUGAAUAUAAUAACAUAACUGCUUAAAACGAAAUUUCGUUCAAUGACACGUGAUUAACAAACCACCUAAAUAAUUUAAUAGUGGGAUGUGAAAGGUUCCGCCGGACAUGUUUCCACCGGACGAGUGAGAAAGUGGUACGCGUUCAAGAUGUCAGUGCACCAGGACAACACGAGUGUUAAUGUUACUGCUGAGAAUGACAGGGAUAAGGACGACAAAUUACUCUUGAUCAAAGGAGGCGCUUUUCUCACUACCGUGGCCACUGCAGGCAUGAUUGCAGGGUUUGGUACCACCCUUGCCAUGGCUAAGAAGAAGAGUCCCGAUUGGUUCAAUAAGGGUGUAGUGGGAAGUGCUGCGGUGCCAGAAAGCGGCGCUUCAUUAGCGUUGCGAGCGCUGGGCUGGGGUUCACUCUACGCCUGGUGUGGUGUUGGCUUCCUCAGCAUCACCAUAUGGAAGGCACUGGGUGUUCACAGUCUGAAAGAAUUUCGCCAGAAAAUGCAAUCCAUUUUUCCCGCCAUCCCCAAAAAUGCAGAAGCUGCGGAGGGCCCUGCUCCGUUUGACUGGGAUUCCAUCUUCAAGUCAAAAUGAGCAGACAUCAGACUUUUUCAAAAUGGAGUUUAUUUUUAUCAGGUGGUCUGCCCUUGCGUGAGGCGAUGGGUCAGUUCAUUUGACCGCUUUUGAGCCCAGCAACUGUAGGUAAUAUACUGUACAAGGUCACAGCGUUGGGAAGAACGCUGCUGAAGACCAGCCGGACUCAGUGGGAUUGUGUUCACCUUCAUUUUGUUGGAGUGCCAAGAAGAAUCCUUCCGUUCCUUCCUGAAGCACACCACAAUAAUCACACAUUUGGCAAUAUUGUUAAUUUGUACUUAAUAGAGUAUGUAUACUCGCACUUUUGACGACGGUUGAGCAUUUUCAGCUCAUUUGUGUGGGCCUAUUGAAUAGAAACUGCCAUUUGGCUGGGCGUAUAUUUCUUGCAAUAACUUAAGUAACAAAAUAAAACUUCUCUUGUGAUAAAGUGGCAUCAUGUGGCUUGGAAUUCAUAAUAAAAGCGUCAUGCAACUUUUUUUCUCCGAAAACUGCUUUCAGUGUCUUGGAAAAGCAAGAUUUCCUAGAAAAGUAGGCCAAAGGACGAAAAUAUUUUACAGCGCCCUGCAGUGAUAACUGAAGUUAGAAAAGCAGCAGUUUUAAAUGCGCCUGUGUUGUCUGCAUAUUUACAGCAUGUAAUCUGAUUAAACCGAUGUGCGCAAUACAUGCGACAGCUGCAACACAUAAACCCUCAACCUGUGCUUGGCGAAAUAGUGCUUUUACCUAGUUGUUUUUGUGCUGUCAAAUCAAUUCAUCACGAUUAAUCGAUUCCAAAAUAAAUGUUUUUUUGUUUGUAUAAUA